GACAUAACCUCUUUCAUGCUGUAAGAAAAAAACACGUCGUCUGUGCCGGUGCGAACGCGCAUUUGACGUGAGCUUUAUCGUUAAGUGUUUUUUACAUAAGUCAAACAAAAUGUUUCCUAUGAGUUCUCAAAAAACAUACUGGAUAUUUAGCGAUGAAAAUGACUUAACGGAACUCCGUGAGAAAACGAAUGCGGAAUUUAUCGAAAAACACGGUGGUAACGUACCUCGUGAUCAAAGAGAAGAGCAUUUUCUUACGGCUUCAGAGGAGAGGAUACUCCACAAAUUCUAUGAACUGCAGCUACGAGAUUUUUGUAGGAGGUUUGUACCGCCAAUGCCACGUCCCACUGUAGCGACUGCACUUCACUAUUUCAAAAGAUUCUACCUCAGGAACAGCGUAAUGGAUUAUCAUCCAAAAGAAAUUCUGGUUACCUGUGUCUACCUUGGCUGCAAGGUGGAAGAGUUCAACGUAUCGAUAUCUCAAUUUGUGGCCAAUAUCAAAGGUGACAGAGAAAAAGCAUCAGACAUUAUUUUAAAUAAUGAAUUGCUUCUUAUGCAGCAAUUAAAUUACAACCUGACAGUUCACAACCCUUUCAGGCCUGUGGAAGGUUUAAUGAUCGACAUAAAGACAAGAUGUACAUCACUCGAGAACCCAGAAAAAUUAAGACCUCACAUCGAAGAAUUUCUCGAGAGGGUAUUUCUCACAGACAGUAUUCUACUUUAUGCUCCAAGUCAAAUCGCCUUAGCUGCCACGUUACAUGCAGCUUCUAGAGCAGCUGCAAACCUUGACAAUUAUGUGACGGAUACACUAUUCUCAAGGGAUCACUUACCGGGAAUCAUUGAAGCUGUAAGAAAAAUAAGAUCAAUGGCGAAGUGUGUCGAACCUCCAUCCAGAGAAAUUGUCAGAUCGUUGGAGAAGAAAUUAGAUAAGUGCCGGAAUCAGGAAAAUAAUCCAGAUAGUGAAAUCUACAAACAGAGAAUGCAAGACAUGUUGGACGAGGAUGAUUUACGGGACAACGAAAAAUAUGCAAAGAUCAUGCAAGACCAAGCGGAACACGACGAGAAAAUUUUAGGUGUCAACAAGAUGCUCUCACCUUCGGCGUUAUAACAGCGACAACGGUAAUUGAAGAAUCAUAUAAUGAGAUUAGAUUCCGACUCCCAUAAUUUCCGAAAUCCGAACCGGAAAAAAUUCUGUGAUACUUAAUAUUGAUCGGUGUUUAGUAUUUAUUUAGUGGAGAGAUCCCACUUUACAUCCAGGCUAUUUUCACCGAGAUGAAAAUUCACGUUUAUUUUCUUAUUUACAACUUAAAUCAUACGAUCGUAACGGUACACCGUGCCCAUUAUAAAAAUGAACAACUUCCGAAAUAUUUAUUUCAGUUACUAAACGGGGCGAUUCCCCCCUGUGAACAUAAAUAUUAAAUAAAUACAAUCAUUGUUACGAUUCCAUAAAAGGACAAAAA